AUGAAUGUAAAGCAAUAUUUAGAUCAUUGCAACGAACAAAAUUGGCAAGUGAAUGAUCAAAACGAAAAAAUUCCAACUAACAAGUAUAAUGGUAACGAUUCUGAAUCAAUGAUAAUGAAAAAAUCAAUUUUAGAGGAACGAGUGUAUUCAUUGAAGAAAACUAUUUCAGUAUUAAAAAGUGAAUUAUUAGAAGAAAAAGCUCUUUGGAAAAAAGAAAUUGAAUUAACGUCUAAUCUUUUAUCGUCCAUGGAAUGUUCUCCCGACUCGGAUUUAAAUUUCGAUCCGGAAAUAGAUGUUAAAUCAAUCACGAAUAAUUCCCUUUCUACUCCCGAUACAUUAAUGGCAACACCUUUGAAUCGGGAUUUUGAAGAAAAGCUUAGUAAAUAUCAAGGAACUUUGGCUCAAAUGCAAGCAGAAAAACGUUUAAACAUUAGGCGACAAAUAGCUGCCAACACGUAUAAAAAACGACUUAGCGAAGUUGAAAAAUUAUGCCAGGAAGAAUUAAAUAAAGUUCGUGAAACUGCAACAUACCUUGAACCAUUAAAACAAAUCGCUUCCGAAUGGAAUAAAAUUGAAUGCGGUGGAGAUUUUUUAUUAUGUAAAGGAAAAGAAACUCAAACUCAAGAAGAACUAGAUUUUCCUCACGAAGUACCCGUUAAACAAAUAGACGCAAAUUUAGUCAUGGACGAAGAUGCAACAAGUGAAAUAAAAGGAAAAAUUGUACUUCAAAUAGGGAGUUUACCCACUGAAUAUAAAUAA